CCUUCCCCCGCUCCCUGUCCCGACCUUUUCCCUCUGCUCACAUUCCAUCCACCUUUAAAUUUCCAUAUCUGCAUCAACGAGAGAGAGAGAGAGAGAGAGAGAGAGAGAGAGAUGAAGAGUAUAACGGAAAUUGGAGCGGAGGAUUUGGUGAAGGCUGGAUUGGGGGCGGACGAGGCCGAGCACUUCCAGAGGAUCAUCAAUGACGCGGCGAUCAUCGGCGGUUCGGACCCGGCGGAGAUGUGGCGGGAGCUCACGGCGCGGCGCCUGCUCAAACCGUCGCACCCCCACGCGCUCCACCAGCUGCUCUACUACACUGUCUACGCCGAUUGGGACGCCUCCGCUAGGGGUCCUCCUCCUUAUUGGUUCCCUUCUCUACACGAAGCCAAAAAUACAAACCUGGGGAGAGUUAUGGAAACUUAUGGUUCCAAGCUUUUAGGGACAUCAUACAAGGAUCCUAUUACGAGUUUUAGUCUCUUUCAGAAGUUCUCUGUUCAGCAUCCUGAGGUCUACUGGUCAAUCAUUCUAAAAGAGCUUUCGGUUUCCUUUAAUGAAGUUCCAAGAUGCAUCUUAGAUACCAAUGACAAAUCAAAACUUGGGGGAACUUGGCUUCCAGGUGCAGUUUUAAAUAUUGCCGAAUGUUGCCUGCUACCCUCGAGUAAGACAAGAAAACAAGAUGAUAGUUUGGCUAUUUUAUGGAGGGAUGAAGGCUGUGAUGAUUCUCCUGUUAAUCACAUGACAGUAAAAGAACUUCGGGAACAAGUAAUGCUGGUGGCAAAUGCAUUGGAUGCUACAUUUUCAAAAGGUGAUGCCAUUGCUAUUGACAUGCCAAUGACUGUGAGUGCAGUUAUCGUAUACUUGGCGAUUGUUUUGGGAGGUUUUGUUGUUGUUUCAAUACCUGACAGCUUUGCAGCCAAGGAAAUAGAGAUCCGUUUGCGGGUUUCAAAAGCAAAGGGUAUCUUUACUCAGGACUUUAUCAUUAGAGGAGGUCGAAAAUUUCCUUUGUACAGGCGAGUUGUAGAAGCUGCUCCACAUAAAGCAAUUGUGCUUCCAGCAGUUGGAAAUGAUGUAAACAUUCAUUUAAGAAAACAAGAUUUAUCAUGGAGAAAUUUUCUUUCUAGCGUGGAUCACCUUCCAAGGCCUAAUUUUUACUCUCCAUUCUACCAAUCAGUUGAUAGCGUGACUAAUAUUCUUUUCUCGUCUGGUACCACAGGAGAGCCAAAAGCUAUUCCGUGGACACAAGUUUCUCCUAUUCGAUCUGCUGCUGAUUGUUGGGCACAAGUGGAUGCCCAAGCUGGCGAUAUCUUCUGCUGGCCCACAAAUUUAGGUUGGGUUAUGGGACCUUCUGUAAUCUACUCUUGCUUUUUAAGUGGUGCAACUUUAACUCUCUAUCAUGGAUCUCCCCUUGACCGUGGUUUUGGAAAGUUUGUACAGGAUGCAGGAGUAACCAUCUUGGGUACAGUUCCGAGCCUAGUGAAAGCUUGGAAGAGUACACAGUGUAUGGAAGGACUAGAUUGGACAAAGAUAAGAUCAUUUUCUUCCACCGGUGAAGCCUCUAAUGUGGAUGAUGAUCUUUGGCUUUCUUCGAGGGCUUAUUACAAGCCCAUUAUUGAAUGUUGUGGGGGCACAGAACUAGCAUCAUGCUACAUCCAAGGAAGUGUGCUGCAACCACAAGCUUUUGGAGCAUUCAGCACUGCAUCAAUGACAACAGGCUUUGUCAUCCUCGAUGAAAAUUGUGUUCCAUAUCCAGAUGAUCAAGCCUGUGUUGGUGAAGUUGGCUUGUUCCCCCUGUACAUGGGGGCAACUGAUAGAUUGCUUAAUGCUGAUCAUGAAGAAGUUUACUUCAAGGGAAUGCCUGUGUACAAAGGAAUGUGCCUCAGAAGACAUGGGGAUAUCAUUAAGAGAACUGCGGGAGGAUAUGUCAUCGUACAGGGCAGGGCUGAUGACACCAUGAAUCUUGGAGGCAUCAAGACAAGUUCAGUUGAAAUCGAACGGGUUUGUGACCAAGCUGACAAAUGUGUCUUGGAAACUGCUGCAGUUAGUGCAGCACCGAUAAGUGGUGGCCCGGAGCUUUUGAUUUUGUUUGUGGUACUAAAGAAAGGAUAUGACUGUGAACCAGAUGAACUGAAGAUGAAAUUUACAAGAGCCAUACAAAGGAACCUUAACCCUUUAUUUAAGGUAGGCCUUGUUAAGAUUGUGCCAGAGUUUCCUCGAACAGCAUCUAAUAAGCUACUAAGGAGAGUUUUGAGGGAUCAAGUGAAGCUUGAGCUUUCUGUUCGGAGUAGAAUAUAAUGCAGCUAUAUCCAUUCUUGGUAUUGGAUUUCAAGUAUGCUCUUUGUAAUCUACAAACGUUACGUUUGAUUUGCUGAACAAAAUGAGGUAGGAAUGGAACGGAAUGAAAAUUUGAAUGGAGAACAUGAAGAAAUCAAGUGUUAAGUUUGAUUCAUUCCACCCAUUUCCAUAAUUCUUUUGUACCAAAUGGGCAGUAAGUCAUUUUAAUAUGGGUUCUUUUUUUUUUUUGGAAUAGUUAGAGAUCCAAAGAGGUGGAUUGAUGUGUCUAAUUAAGCACUUACUUUUAUGAUUGUAAUUCAUUAUGGUAUGAGUUGUACUAUGGCAUGCUGUUAUGUUGAACUUUUGAUUACAAGAAUGCACUAGCAUUGUCACGAGUUAA